GCGUCGUGUAUUCACUGGUGUUUCACCGAGCGCGCGACCGCUCUCUCAGUUCAGUAAAGCGCGUCUCUCCUUUCAAGCGUCGUUACAAGUAUCGGUUCAUGUUUUUGUGGCUUACUUCAAUACAAGUGCUGGAUAUUACCAUUUAUUUAUAGUACAUGGAGUGUUUUGUGCUUAUUCGGACAGAGUGACGAUGAGAGUUGGAAUAAUCAUGAUACUAAUUAAUGAAAAAAGUGGAUAAAGUGUGGGAUCGAGAGAGCCACCGAUCCCAAUCCGGUUUUAUCCGCGAGUGUUUAAAUUCGGUGACUAGAGGUUUGAAAUUAAAAUCCUGGUAUUUAAUUGGAUCAAUCGUGCGUUGUGGAGCGCAUCAAAAAAUUUAAUCCGAGUAAAAGGAGAUGAAUCACAGCGGAAUGAUGGAAAAUCGCCGACGAUGGGUCUGGGCGAGGCCCGUGGGGACCCUUGCAUUGUUCGUCCUACUCUCGGGAACUCUCGGUGAAACAACGAAGCUGAGGCACUUCAGGCACUUGGAUACACGAUCCCAGCACUUCAGUGUAGAUGAAUCAUUGACGCGGGAUGAUAAACACAACCACAAACCUGUAUUUUCGGAUUGUUCGGCUUAUGCACCAGUUGUUAAGGAAGAAGAGCCAGCAGGUACCAUGGUAAUUCAGGUUCAUGCGGAGGAUAGAGAUCCACCCGAUGAAGGAGGGACAAUAACAUAUAGCUUUGUGACUGCACCUGGUGAAAAGCUCAAGUUUGAAAUAAACAACGUAACCGGUUUCAUAAAAACAACCCAAAUGCUCGACAGAGAUGAGCCAGCACGCGAGAAGGAAGCCUAUUUAACUGUUUUAGCAACAGACAAUGGACGUCCCCAAUUGGAUGACGUUUGUACCUUUAAAGUCACCAUUGAGGAUGUCAAUGAUAAUUCGCCAGUAUUCGACAAAGUGGUAUACACGGAAUCAGUACCGCAAGAUUUGCGAAUAGAUCACGAAGUAAUGAGGGUAUCAGCAACCGAUAUCGACGAUGGUAAUAAUUCGGUAGUACGUUACAGCAUAUCAUCAAAACGCCCAGAAGACAGUGGAUAUUUUCGAAUAGACGAAAAAACUGGUGUAAUAUUCCUAAACCAAACAAUCGACCGAGAUCCAGAGUACAAAUUCCGUUUGAUAGCGAGAGCCGAGGAUCUUGGUAAAGAGCCCCGUGGAAAUGACAUAGAUUUGGACAUUCGCGUUGUUGAAUCACACAAGAAAGCACCAGCAUUUCUACCACGAUCCCUUGAACCCAUUCGUAUACGUGAAAACUUCAGUGACUUUGAUGCAACGAUUGUACGUCUGGAGGGAGUUUCAAACAUAAAUGACAGUCCAGAUUUACUAUUUGAACUUUUGCCUGGUAGAACAGAACAAACAAACAAAGGUAAUACCUUCAGAUUGGAGUCAUCAAAAAAUACAGCUGACAUUAAACUCGCUCAACAUUUGGAUUAUGAGAGUAAUACUGAGUAUACAUUGAUCGUUCGUGUACAAAAUAAGUAUAAUUUAGCUGCUGAAACUGUCGUUAACAUUGAAGUACUCGAUGUUAAUGAUAAUAUACCAGUAUUUCGUGAAAUGAAAAAGGGUAGUGUUCUUGAGAAUGAACCGGCUGGUGUGCCUGUUAUGCAAGUACGUGCCAUUGAUGCUGAUGGUACAUCAGCACACAAUCAGGUCACUUAUUAUCUCAGUAAUUUUCAAAACCACUUUGCCAUUGACAAAAAUACUGGUAACAUAACAACGAAGACUGUAUUCGAUAGAGAAGCGGAGGAUACGUACAAUGUUAAAGUAAUAGCAAUCGAUAAUUCACCCAGUGCCCUAUUCAAGAGUGGUGAGCCCAACAAAGGUGAGCAAGAUUUUAGAAUUGAAAUUGCUGACAAAAAUGACAAUCCACCGCGUUUCACACAGCCCGUCUACACAGCCAAUGCAAUACUCGAGAAUGCCAACAUAAAUGCUCUAGUUACCGAAGUUAAAGCGCUGGAUGAGGACACAGCUAGUCCCGUUAUUUACAGUAUAAUAUCUGGCAACACUGAUGAUAGCUUCUACAUCGAGGGUACAACCGGUAAAAUACGUGUCAAUCGACCCCUUGAUUACGAAAAAAUAACCGAGUAUAAUUUAACUGUUCGUGCAUUUGACGGUGUAUUCGACGAUGACGCUAUGGUUAAAAUAUUCAUUGAAAAUGUUAAUGAUAAUCCACCAGUUUUCGAAGAAUUUGACAUGUAUCCAACGAUUGAAGAGGAAAAACUUGUUGACGGAUGUAUAACAACGGUGAAAGCUUAUGAUCCCGAUAUAAAAGAUAGAAAUGCAGAUCAGCGUAUUGCUUACUUCAUCGUUAAAGAGGAUCAAAAACCACUGAUUGGCAUUGACAAAUCUGGCUGCAUGACACUGAAGAAACCGCUGGACAGAGAUCCUCCAAAUGGAUAUCCAAUGUGGUCGGUAAUUGUUCUGGCUAUGGACGAUGAUGGCUCACCGAAGGCACUCCACGGCCAUGUUACUAUCAACAUAACGCUCAUCGAUAUAAAUGACAAUGCCCCAUUUUUAGAUAUGCAACAGCCAGUGGUUUGGUACGAAAAUGAACACCCUGGUAAUAUAACUAGACUCAAAGCCAGAGACUGGGACUCCGACGAUAAUGGCCCACCAUUCAAAUUCAGCAUUGAUCUGAAUACUGCUGACGAAGUGAUAACAAGUAAAUUUGCCAUUAUUGGUGACGAUCUUCAGGCUAAAGUGAUGUUUGAUCGGGAGGAGAGAAAAAGUUAUAAUAUACCAAUUGCUAUAAGUGACAGUGGAAUUCCCACCAUGACUGGCACAUCGACACUUACAGUUGUCAUUGGUGAUCAGAAUGACAAUGCGAUGGAGGAGGGAUCGAGUUCAAUAUUUGUGUAUAAUUACAAAGGUAUGGCUCCAGACACGGAAAUUGGUAGGGUGUAUGUCAAUGAUCCUGAUGAUUGGGAUUUGCCGGACAAAACAUUCAACUGGUAUGGACAGAGCCAUGGUGGUUUUCGUUUGAAUCCAACAAAUGGUAUGAUAACGCUUCUCUCAGGGAUUAAAAACGGUACAUUUUUACUUAAAUUCAAAGUCACUGAGGAGAGUCAACUUAUUGCACUACAUGAGGUAGACGCUUACGUCAAUGUUACGGUUAAGGAGAUACCUGAAGAGGCGGUUAUGGAGUCUGGAUCAAUAAGACUGUACGGAGUUACUGCUGAGGAGUUUGUAACACCUAAUGACGCAGGUAUCAGUAAAAAGGGUAUCUUUCAGGAGAGAUUUGCAACAUUGUUGAAUAAUACCAUCGAAAAUGUCGAUGUAUUCACUGUACUUCAUUCCCCACAUUACAAUAAUAAGAGUCUACUCGAUGUGAGAUUUUCAGCGCACGGAAGCCCUUACUAUGCACCUGAGAAAUUAAACACAAUUGUCGCUCAGAAUUCUAAAGAAAUUUCCGAGGAACUCGGCAUUGAUAUUAUGCUUAUCAACAUUGAUGAGUGCUUGUUUGAAAGGACUCACUGCAACAAUUCUUGCCGUAGUGAUUUGAAUAUAGAUACAGUGCCAUAUGCUGUUUAUACAAAUACAAGUUCAUUCGUUGGAGUGCGUGCUGUUGUUGAUCCAGUGUGUAUGUGCCACGUGGCUAAGCCAAUAAUGUGCCUCAACGGUGGAACACCACUGCUCGACCGCUGUGAGUGCCCUCCAGGUCUAGAGGGGCCACGUUGUGAAUUACUUGGAAUUGGAUUUCAUGGUGAUGGAUGGGCUGUUAUGCCACCACCUGGACAGGCGUGUGAUGACUCUCACUUGGGGCUUGAAUUAAUGCCAUACGUUGAUGAUGGUCUUGUAUUUUAUUUUGGACCUAUGAGUUACAGUAAAUUACUUGGGGUACAGGAUUUUAUGGCACUAGAAAUACGCAAUGGUUUUGCUGUACUUCAUGUGGAUUAUGGAAGUGGUACAGUGUCACUUGAUCAAACAAAGAUUAAAUUAACUGAUGGGAAAAGUCACAGGGUCGAUGUGUAUUGGACAAAGACAACUAUUGAAAUGAAAGUCGAUAAUUGUGGAAUUUCUGCGUGUAUGCUUCUGACAGCACCAGUUGGGCCAAAUGAAUUUUUGAAUGUCAAUAGUCCACUACAGAUUGGUGGAACGUUUACGAAUUUAAAGGAGAUGGCGCGUUUGUUUGGAUGGAGCUAUGAUCCUGUUGACAGAGGAUUUUCAGGAUGUAUUAGGAAUAUGACAAUCAAUAGCAAUACGUAUAAUCUUGGUAGGCCAGCAUUAUCGAAAAACGCUGAUCCAGGCUGUGGUCGUGGUAUGGCGAAAGCAGUCUCUUUUAGAAUUGAUUCAUAUUUCCUAGUUGCUAUAUUAGUUUGUGUUGCUAUUCUGCUGAUACUGCUGCUGGCGGUUGUUGUACAUAGGAGAAAGCGUGAUGAUUUGUACAAGGAUAUGGAUGACAUAAGGGAAAACAUCAUCAAUUAUGAGGAUGAGGGGGGUGGUGAAGUUGAUACGGGAUACGAUUUGAAUGUUUUAAGGCGUAUUUAUGAUGCACCACCUAUUGAUUCGAAAAUUGCACCGUCUGCACACCAAGGACGAGCACCUGAUGAAGUGCCAGAUAUUUGUGGAUUCUUAGACAGUAAGAAGGAGAGCUGUGACAAAGAUCCAGACACCAAUCCUUUCGACGAUGUCAGGCAUUAUGCUUAUGAGGGAGAAGGGAACUCCGAUGGAUCUUUGUCUUCAUUAGCAUCAUGUACUGAUGAUGGAGACUUGAAGUUCAACUAUCUCUCCAACUUCGGCCCGAGGUUUAGAAAAUUAGCCGAUAUGUACGGCGAAGAGCCGAGCGAUGAAGAAAGCGAUGGUGUAGAAGAGCGUGAAAGUGAAAGUUGGUGUUAAUGCGCUGUUGUCCCCUUGUGUAUCAAUAAUAUGAGGGCAAUAAAUGAACUGUUCAAUUACAGAUUAUGGAAGAACGUAGUUUCCACUAUGAACAAUUGUUAGUUGCAAGAUAUCGAUCUUGCUUGUACUUAAAAGAAAAACGCAGCUAAUUCCAGGCUGACGCCUGCAAGAAUUAUAUUGAAAAAGAGACGAAACAUGUGUUAAAAGUGAAAUACGAUAAUCGGAUUUGACUUUCGUAACGCCAAAGAAUGAGACACGAAGGAUGCUCAGAGAACGGAGAAUUAACGUUAAUAUGGUAUUUAAAAAUUUCUCUGAGACUCGUCGAUUUAACAGGGACUCUGAAUACUUUUCUACAAUGAAAGUCAGACGUUUAUGAUUUUUUCUCGUCGUUAUGACAUUUUUUAAAUAAUCGUUUUCGUUUCGCUAAUGACCGUAGGAAAAUAUCCAGAAUUAUCCCCAGACAGAAAAUCGCAGGGAGUGGGAAUCUUUGAAGACCGUGAAGAGCAGAUUAACACAUAUCAGAUUUAAAACGAUUUAAUGGGUGAUUGUGGCUGAAUUAGUCUCAAUUAUUCAAUUAACCUGAAUCCGAAAAAUACUUUAUUGGGAAAAAGAGAUUGGAGAUAAUUGAAUUGGAUUGGAUUAAUCAAUUAAAUACGAAAAUUUGAUAAAACAAACCAUCAAAUACAUAUUUUUCCAUUUUUUGGAAAGAAUCUGCAUCGCUAAAUUUUUAGUCCCUUAUCUCCUUUCUAUUAUUGAUUAUUUAUCAAAAUGGAAAAAUAAACAUUCUUCACCCAAUUUGCAUGUUGAAAUUAAAAAAUCCAUGAAAAGCCCCAAUUUAGAUGUACACUGACGCUCUUGCACAAAAAUUCAUUGCAUAUAUUUUUUUUUGUCAAGCUGCAGCAUCAAGUUGUAGAACUAAUAAUUGUCAGUGAUAGGACAUGAAUGCGAAACUGUGUUAUGCAUAAAAAUGACUGAAUCGCAUACACCAGAUUAAUCAUACUAUAUAUAAAUCGUAUAUAUUUCCUUGUUUACUUGUCAUUUAUAGCAAAAGAUAUUUUCUUUUCCUCUAUUUUUUAUGAAUUUAUCAGUUAACAGAAAACAGGAUAGUAUUUGACUGAAUUUCAAAAUAUAAUAUCAUUUUUUUUCAGUUUCCUUAAUUCAUUUAAAACGCAAAAUAUGAUAUCAAUUUAAAUAGGUGUGAAUGUUUAUACUGCGAAUGAAUUGAUGUCAAAAAAUAAUUGUCAAUACUCUUGAGAUUCGUGGACAUGAAUAACUCUCGAGGCUAUAACUGAAUCAUGUAUUACUGAUGUAAAAAGAGACAUUAGAGGAGCAAUUUUUUAGGAUACUAUUGUAUGUGAGUAGAUGUAAAAUAAUCAUUAUGAGGAAAAUGUGUUUCUGGAAAACCGGAACAUGAAAAAUGAACUGUAUCUUUACUUUGCAAUGUAUGAAUACUGAUUCAAUUUAUAUCGAAUAUUUUAAUGAUCAACUUGCGCGAAUUCUUAAUUAUUAGAAAUUUUUGUGAAAGGAAAAUGACGAAUUAUUGCAGGGUGCAUUCUUUGGUUUAACUAGAAAACUAAUUAAUUGAGAGCCAUUAUUGGAAAUCGGUAAUUGUAUUGAGUCUGAAACUAGAGGAGAAAUAAUUAUUUAGAAUGGUUUUUUUAUUUAAUCAGGGGAUAUCAUGUAUAAACUGACAAGCAUGACCCCUGCUGUGGUGAAUUUAAUUUAUGACAAUGACGCGUAAAACCACAGACUCCAAUAAAAUUAAAAUAUCAAAAUUAAUUGAACAAACAAAAACGAGCUUCAAAAGUAGUUAAUUUAUUCGAUAAAAUGUGGCAUGUGUUGUAGCAAACAUUUCUCCAAAAUUGUUCGCUGACGAGAAGCGAUUACAGAAAGCCUCACCGUUUAAAUGCUUCCAUAAAUGAAAAUAAACAGAAAUUAAUGAGCGUUAUUACUUUUACGUUUUAUAGAAAAAAAAUCGGCUGUUGACUGUAUUUGAUAGAAAAGCAAUCCAAUAUAAUAAAUGUAAAAACAAUAUUGUGGAAUAUUUCCACAGAUAACUGCGAUGAACUUCAAUUAUAUCAUAUUAAGAAUUUCUUUUAAUAA